CGAUAGUCCCGUACUGGGUUAUCGUUAAGGGAAAUGUUUUAGUGACCGGCUGCAGAGAAAAACGCGGAUUUUAUUUUAUUUCUCUGUUUUGUGUAUUAAGUCAGCCAGAUUCGAGGCCGAAUAUUGUCCAACCAGAGCCCGACUAGCGAACUGUGUUGAAAAUGAGAAAUUUCACUGCUUUCUGUAAGUUCUAGAUUCGCAGUGGCGCUUGAAAACACAACCACGUGAAAUCCAGCAACAACAAGUCUGCGGGAACAUGAAUUUGGACGACUUCUCGGACUUCAAUAUAGAUCAACUUCUGGGCCCAACCGCCCCGUUGCAAGAUGGCCUGGUGGCGCCGUACAAGCAGGUACCGCUGCCCAGGAUCAACCAAGAUGUGCGCGCCAAGCGAAGCCGGCUGUCCGAACGGAUUGCCCAGAACGACGAGCUGAUCCGCCAGGUGAAACAGCUCCAGGCCCAAAACAAACAGUUGGCGGACCUGCAGCGCACCGCCCAAGAGGUGACGGAUCUGUACCAGAAGGAAAAACAGCAGAGGAUCGAGCUGGAGAAGCGCGCCAAGCAGAUCGGCGAGCGUUGCGGACAGCUGGAAAAGGAGUUGGACGCACAGGUUGGGAACUGCGAAAAUCUGCAGGAGCAGCUGCAGAUGCGAGGUUUGCCAGUGGAUUCGAAGGAUGUGCUGUCCAUACUCAUGCAGUUGGCCCAGCGACUGGGCGACGAUUGUGGGCUCUUGCGGCGUGAGCAGAACAUUAUGAAGAAGCUAAAGGAGCACUGCAAAACGAUAGACGUAAGUGUGCCCACGCCAAAGAGUCCCAAUCCGCGGAACAAACGGAAAGGCCAUCAGCCCGUAGUCAACCAGUCCACGCAAACCGACGAGGAAGCCGCCAAGGUCAAGCCCGUACUUUGUUCCGUUGCUGUGCAGGUGGAGGGUCUGAUAGAGACCCGCAACCAGGGCACGCAGCACAAAAACACUACCACCACCCGGGGAACCACUACAGCCUCCUUCAUCAAACAUCACGAUGUGGGCACCUGCUUUCCUGAGCCCAAGCCCCUGCCAAAUAUCCGGCAAAUACUUGAUGAAAUGCUGUCGUGGCGGGAUGAUAUUGUUAUUGAACCCAUGAGCCCGCUGAGCGAUCUGCAGCAGGAGUUUGAGUUGGAGGACAUACCAGCCAAAGCGAGUGUGGCGACCUGCACCACUCUGUGUGAUAUACACCGCGAGAUUGACUUCAUUGCCGACCUAACGACACAAAUCAAGGUGUCCGCCUCGAGGCCGCCCUCACGAACAAUGCUGGAUAGUGUGAAGGAGGAGGCCAGGUCCUCCAGGGAGCUCGCCAAGGAGUUGUUCAACUUUCUACCUCAAAACCAAAGCUGCCUGACCAAUAUGCCGCCGCAGGCCUUCGAGGAGCUGUGGCAGGUGUUUGGCCAAAUGGUGCUAGCCCUGCUGCAGAGGCGCUCCAAUCCGUCCGUGGAUAUGCCACCCAGCGUCAGCCAGGCGGAUUUCACCAACUGGUUGUAUGAGCUCUAUGAGGGCACGCAGAACCAGACGGAGCAGACUUCCAGCGGAAGCACCAAAAAGAGAGAUUUCGCCACUAGCACUGAGUGCAUGGAUGCUGGAACGGAUCCGAUCAUUGAGUCGCCAAACAUCAGUCACGGAGGACAUGUAACUCCAAUUCGCCUGCCCUCCAAGCCCAAAGAACGAAAGCGGAAAUCUAAAAAGCGCAAAGCGUCUGCUACAGCGAAGUCGAUGGCCAAGCGAAGCUGUCUGGAGAUGGAGACAGUACAUCUGGAAACAAGUAAAACAUUAGAAGUAGAGCAUGAACAAAAGCCGGAAACGGCAAUCCAAUUCUUAAGCAAUUUGGAAACUUUUAACAUGGCCAACUGUGAUAAUCUCGAAAUGGAACUGGAUGAGGAAGAACUUUUUUUGCUUCAGUUGACGUCCAACGCGGAAAAGAAAGACAAUGAAGAAACUAGUAGGGCCCAGGCUACCGAAGGCUUGGAAAGCCCUGCGCAGAACUCUAAAUUCCUGCUGCCAGAAAAUAAAAAUCAAAAUCAUUUGCCUGCUGUCCAAAAAGAAAGAGAUUCGUCUUUAAAAGAAUAUGACGAGGAACUUGAUAAAACUGAAAAGCUCUUGGAUAAAAGAACAUUUGAGAUAAGGGAAAAUAUUGGGAGCCCAACAGAAUUGGCCCCAAAUAAAGAUAUUUCAUCGUAUCCAUUUUCUUUGGCAGAGGAUAGAAUAGAUUCCUCAAGUGAACCAAACGAAAUUGAGGUGAAUGCUUCAGAAGACUCUGAAUCACACUUGGAUAAAGGUGUCUCCAAUUCGGAGAACCUAAAUGAUGGAACAGUCAUGGAGUUGAUACCCUUCAAAGAGCCAAAAAGUUUUUUAAACAAAAAGGAUGGCGAAAUGUUACCGACUUCAAUAACGGGUCUAUUUGGUAGUGAUUCAGAUAUGGAAUCCGAAUCCAGCGUAGAGCAGAUGGCUUCCGAGCUAAGUGAUUCGGAAGAAUUUGAUGAUAGCGAAGAGGAGUGCAUAUCUGCGGAUGAGCAAAGCAACACCAAAAACCGAAAGAAUAAUUCCCUGUUCGGCAGUGAAUCAGAAUCGGAAGAAAACGAGGAACGUGGGAUGGAAGCUGCUGUUACCGAAGCAGAAGAAAAGCUAGAAGAGAAGGAAUCAGAACAGAAGUCAUCGGCUGUGGUUCCCGCAGAAUCAUAUGAAGAACCUUUAUUAGCUAAAGCGGAUUUACUGACCAUAAAGCAGCCUUUGAUCGUUGAAUAUCCGGAUCCAAUAGUUAAAUCUUUAAGCAAUGAGCAGCCCACAAGUAGUUGUGCCACGCCAAACUCAACAGAUGAAUCCGAAGAUGAGCACGGCCUAGUUAUCGACGAACAAAUCUCUACUAGGCAGCCUGAGGAACAGCCUACGCCCGUUCCCGUAAAACGAAGGAGAACGCAAAGUGAGAUGAAAGCCUCUUCGCCCUCGGCGGAAGUUCGUUUGACUCGUCAGAAGGCGAGGCAACUGCUAGUUGAACAGAAAACCUGUCCAGAAAAGGGUAUUUCGCUCGUAGAACAAAUAAGGAAUCAACUUAAGCAAGCAAUUACUAGAUCGGAGCCUUUGAGAAAGGAUUCGACUCCUAAUUUGAAACCACUAGAGCACGAAGAGCUGAAAGCCAGGCAGCCAGAUAUAAAUCUAGAGCCUUUAAAGCUGUCCUGUUCAAUUAGCGAGGAGUCGCCAGCCUCGCCAUCUUCGGAGUCAAUAGACGAGCUUGACCAUCAGCCCAUCGAAAUUCCUCUGGAGCAAGCUGCUUGCACUCGGGAAGAUGACCAACCCAUGUCGAUCGUGCAACAUGUACUUAAGAUGGACAAGGGUCUGGAAAAGCUUAAGAAAGAAAAUAGGAAAACUUUGGGAAAGUCGCAACCCCAAUUGUGCGCCUCAAUAGGCAAAUAUCUUCAGGAGAGCAUGCAGCUGGAAUCCAGCUGCAGCGACUUGGCCUUGGAGAUCUACAAGGUGACCAAGAGUGAGGCUGUAAUCGUGAAUGCUUUGAUAACAGUUAUCUGCAAGAUCGGCGUAGAUGAUGGUCCAGUGGAACGUCUACUGAAUGCAUUGAAGUAUUUAAACUUCUCGCAGAGAUUUUUGGCUGAACUGGAGGAGCGCCUAUUCCGCAACCCCAAAGAGCGACCAGCCACCGAGUUAGCUCUCAACUACGUCCGGCUCUACUUGAAGGCAGCUGAUCUACAGGCGACCAUGUCAGCAGGGUAUGCGCAUCCGGUGCGACUACUGUUGGCCAAGAUUCUGUAUUUAUUCGACCGGGAUAUGCCGCCGCUAGUGCUGGAGGUGCUGCGUCAAUUUCCCACUGUGCUUCCCCACCGCGAGCAGCGGGAGUACGACAACUCGGAUGCCCUGAUCACAGUGAUCAAGCAUCUGUUGAUGAGCCGGCAGUACGAGAUGGUGGAUCCAAACGGCGCCGAACGGCUGCUGCUAUCCAAGCUGCGCUUUGAAUACCACUUCCAGCCAUUUGAGCCCACCAAACAGCAGGUGUUGGAUAACCUCGUGGGGAAGCUGAAGGCCGGCCGUGAGGAGGAGCUGGGUUACGCCUUUGCGCUCUUCUGCCGCCGAUCACCACAUCUCAAAGUGGUAGAGAGCGUGGUGGGCGAACACCUUAUGCCGCUCGCCACCAGUUACUGUGAUCUCGCUACUGAAAACAACUCGUUCGAUGCCCGGCUGGUGCUUCUGCUCCACUGCAUCUCUUUGGUUCUGAAACCACUACCCCUGGAUACUGAUAUCUCCGCCUUCGUGGGCUUCCUGAAGCGCCUUCUCGUGGCAGUGCCACGAUCUGAUGUUCAACUGGCGGCCGUGCAGGCCAGCCUACGUCUGCAGAGAUUCGGAUUCAAGUACACUCUGGAUGCCCUGAAGGACUACAGACCCAACUAUGAGCUCGAUCCGUUAACGCGGGCCAUGAUUCGUUGCUUUGCGGAACGAAGGAGACACUUCCGUCACGUAGCUGCCACUGGGAAGGCGUCGAGAGAUUAGAAAUUCCCUUGUAUGAAUUGCAACUAUUUAUUUAUGUAUGUAUUUGUAUAGAUUUUGAAUUAAACUAAAUGCCAACUGCG